AUGGCAGGGACGGGAAGUUAUACUGUCAAUAGGAGAAAAGAUGCCUCCUACAAAAAUUUCAUCUGUGCUCUUAUGGCCUUUUUGGCCAUGUUGAUUUUAAUCUCAAUUCUACUUUGGGCUUUAAGAAACCGAGGAAGUGGAAGUGAGAGUCUAGUAUCCAGUACAGCCGCUCCAACAAAUGCCACGGGCGAAAAUGCAGCAUUCCAAAAGGGACCUAUAAAAUACAAAACAAGUCAAAACGACACUACAACAACUGAGUCAGUUAAGAAGGAUACGGAUACCACGGAUCCUAACCAUCAGCAAUUAGCAAAAACGUCAGGAUCGGUAUCAGAAACAAUAGCUGUUAAAACAACUACUCCACCUACAACAACAGAAAGUAAUCUCCAAGAAACAGAUUUUAGUGGUAGUUAUACAGAUACAAGUACGGACGAAGUUGUUACCACUAAUAAAAAUAAUUUAUCGGCUUUUAAUUCGCAACCAAAUACUACUUUGGUUUCACCUACCCAAGCUACAACUAGAGCUACUAAAACUGUUUCUAAUACAACAGUGUCACCUGCUGCAACUAAGCUUACUACGACUGUAAUUCCGACAAGAUUAGUUGCAACUACAAUAAAACCUACGACAGAUAAGUCUACUACUACAUUAAAACCUAUAAAUACUACUGAAGUCCAUCAAACUACAGAAACAAUACCUGUUAAAACAACUACUCCGCCUACAAUAACAGAAAGUAAUCUCCAAGAAACAGAUUUUAGUGGUGGUUAUACAGAUACAACUAUGGAAGAAGUUACUACAACUGUUAAAAAUAAUUUAACGGCUUCUAAUUCACAACCAAAUACCACUAGGAUAACUACGACUUUAAAUCCUACUACAUUACUUUCAACUCCAGUAAAACCUACGACAGCAACAACUACUACUACAGUAAAACCUGUAGAAGCAAGUGUCGUAGAAAACAAUUCAACUACAGAAGCAAUACCUGAAACUACUGAAUCGACAACAGAAAGUAAUCUUCAAGAAACAGAUCUUAGUGGUGGUUAUUCAGAAACUACGGAAGAAGUUGUUUCAACUGAUAAUCCGCAACCAAAUACUACUUUGGCUUCACUUGCCCAAACUACAAAUAGAUCUACUAAACCUGUUUCUAGUACAACAGUGUUGCUGACAAGGCAACUUACUACAGGAAAUUUAGCAGAAGUAUGCCAAGAAGGCGUAUGUAAACGUGCCGCUUCUGUCAUGCUUGCCAUGAUGAACCAUGACGAUAAUCCCAAUGCAUGCGAUGACUCACAAAAUAAUAUGGACUAUUUCAGCGUUAUUUGUGACAAUCCUGGAGAAAGUAGGAACUCCAAGUUCUUUAAGUCUAGUCUCAGAAAUUUUUACAAGCAGCUUAAUGAGUCUACAGAAGAUUCGGUCAAAUUUUUCUUGGAAUUCUAUGAAAGCUGUAAUAAUUUUGAGAAUUCUGUGCAUCGCCUGAACAGAACUAAAACUCUUUCAGGUACUGGUGGUGCAGAUGUUACUGAAGCAGUAAUUAAAUCUAUUUUAGCAGAAUCAAUGCCAUUUUUUGAUUUAGGUUUAAACAUUGUGGAGGACGAAUUUGUAUUUGAGAUUUCUCUACCCGGAGUGAAUUUCCUUAAGACAAAGGUCAAAGGAUGGUCGGUGGUAGAACAAUCGAAGGACUUUUGCAUCGCAGCCGAAGCAGGUACGAUCAGUCAGGACGUUAUUGAUUUAAAGGAAAGAUCGGAAAAUAUUAAUUCUUGUAUCAAGGAAAUAACAAGUGGAUACGUUAACGAGUUUUUGAUAGAAAUGCAAGAGUUAACUUCUUCACUCUCUUCAGGAAAGGACAAUCUGGAAGCCAUCGUAAAAUCAGGAGCAAGCAGCAAUGACCUAAUUGCAAUUCUGGAUGGCAUACAGGACAGUUGGAAGGCAUAUAGAUCAGACAAAGAUCCCUCACUAAAGCAGAAAACAAUGACCUUGACUGAGCUUAAAGCCACAUACGCUUUAGGAUUUGAUUGGACAGCUGUAUUAGGCAAAGUGACAACUAGUGCUAUCACCGAUGAUACUAAAGUCUAUUUUUCCGAGUAUCUUGAUCAGACUUUUAAGACAUUAGUUAGUAAAACUGCGAAUCUAAAAGACAUGUUGGAUUUAUGGUACAGUGUUCAAAUGUAUAAAAACGUUGUUAUGGAGAAACAAACUGGCAAUCUAGGACAUUACUGUAUACAACUUACUUCUGAACUUAUUCCAGAAGUUAGUUCCCAUAUAAUACAUGAGGUAAACAAUAACAAAGAAAAAGACGAGUUAUAUUCACUAGUUGAUACAUUACUGGAUAAUUUAAAAACUCGUUUUGAACAUUCCCUGGGAGAGGCUAAUUUUGUAACAGAUUCUUACAGAAUUCUAGGAGAUAGACUUAAUCAAAUGCAGUUAUCGAAACCGAAACCAAUUAGUCUUAAAGGUGUAUCGGUUUCACAAAUUAAUGGUGUCUAUCAAGACCAACUGUAUCAACUGAUGGAGCGUUACAAAAAAGAAAUAUAUGGUCAAGUUGGACAACCUGUAACAUCCGAAGUAUUAUUAAAACUUUUCGUUGGAGCAUUCGACACUGAGCCGAAGACCUAUCCUCCAAACAGAGAAAUUUUAUUUCAGCCAGGAUUUGUAUCUGACAUGCACAAAAAUAUACCCUAUUAUAUAAGAGUGGCGAAACAUGGACUACUACUUGCCGAACAAAUAGCGAAACAAUUCAUUAAAAAUGAUUUUACUGAUCUUGCGUCAGAAGAAGCUACACUUUAUGAAGAUUUAUUUAAAACAUUGGAUACUAAAUAUUUACUAGAAAAAUCAACUUACACAGUUGAGAAUGUCAAGUGCCAAGUUGAGGAUGAAUCUGGCAACAAUUUAAAAUAUGAAACAAUAGUAGGAGACAACUUAGCCUUUAGGCUCGCAACUGAUACGUUCCUAGAAGAUACCAGCAAGGACAUUUUACCAUUCCUUACCGAUUAUUCUAGAAACAAAACAUUUUUGAUAAAUGCUUUGCAAGAUUUCUGUAAACCAAACAAUGUCGCAGACUUCAUAGGAGACUUUUAUAACAAGGAAACCAUUCCAGCACCUCUUAGAAUUAGAAAUAUGGCAAAGAACUCCAAAUUAUUUGCAGAUACAUUUAAUUGUAAAGAUAAUUUCGAAAGGAAACAAUUUCCUUUUUUAAAACAAGUUAAUCCUUAA